AUGGACGGCAUCGGCAAAUCUGGUCUGUUGACCGACGGCGCUCGGGCGGGACAGUCGUUUCCAACCGUGUCAAGCCUAUUACAAGAAAGGCUCGAACGUGAGCGGCGCCCGAAGAGUCGGCAUGCCUUUUCCCCGGUGAACAACGAGACGAUCGCCUCCGCGAGCACCAGAGUCGUGCAGAGCCUGUCACCAACCGAGGCACAGAGGCCAGAGUCCAGUGGAGAAACCGGCGGUACGAGCAAGAAGGGCUGGUCAAUCAAGGAGAUGGAGCACACCUUGUCUACCCUGCAUAAACAGAACUUUGACCUCAAGCUCGAGCUUUACCAUCGGCGCGAGAAGCAGACUGCCAUGGAAGAGCGUCUCGAGGAGCUCGAGGAGCGAUUUGGGAGGUUGGAGAGCGAGAAGUUGGAGUCUGAGGUGCUAAAUGAGAGGCUUGUCCACGAAAUCGAGAAACGGGAUAAGGCACUGGAGGAGGCAGUCGCCAUGAUUGUGGGCCUCGAGGCACGGAUUGACCUGCUGCUGCGUGAGAGGGAGAUGGUCCGCCAGGUUGAGGCCGACGCCUCUCCAUUCUCUCGGACCAAAACGCCUGCGGCCCGCACCCAAAACAUGGCCAUCCCAGAGCUAUCAAAAGGCGAAGAGCUCAAAAAACUCAUGCGCACCCCCAGCUUUGUCAGAGAGCCAGUGGAAAAGACAGAGAAUCUCCGCAACGUCUACCUCAAUGCUCGUGAGUCCAGUAUUCUUAGUCUGCCAUGUUCCGUCGAAGAGACGCCCGAGACUACACGCAUCCAGCAUAGACUGGACAGCCCAGUGCCGAGCAUCCUCAGCGAGAGCUCGUUCGUCAGCAUUUAUGGUCGCAAUAGGACAACCAGCAACCAUGAGACCGACGAUAGUCAUCCAGCGAUUUCGGCAGCCAAUGACGAACGCAAACAAAUGCUCGAGGAUACACCAAGCAGGUCCCCCCGGUUACCAGCCUCACAUAGCGCCGGAAACGGGUCUAGCCAGUUCCGCAACAUCAGUGAUGUUCUGGAUAUUGGCUCAUCCCCUCUCCAACGGCUCGAGAAGCUUGGUGUGGAAGGUGCAAUGAUGAAAGAUGCGCCGGAGGUACACAUUUCACUUCCGAGCACAAACCAUAAUAGAAACCACCCAGCCAUUGCCGGCCGUUCCACCUCACAAGCCAAACCAAGAACGAAGGAAGAAAAGCGGCAAGCUUUGCACAAGGUCCUUACACUGGGAAUCAAUAACGAACUACAGCAGUCCAGGGGCCUCCCGCCAACCCCUGACACAAUGUCCACUUCAACCUUGCGCCGGUUUGAGGGCUCAAAUGAGACCUUGUCCAAGGAUCGGAACACACCAAAUGACAACGGCGGCGCCCUCCGACCCACGUCCAUCGAGGAAGCCGCUAAACCCCGGCAUUCGCCUGCCAACAGCCUCGAUACAUGGAUGCGCGAGAGCCUCAGGCCACCCAGCCUAGACGCUGUAGAUCCGGCGAGUUCGGUAUCCCAGACACACCUUGCCUCGGGAUCUGGCCGAAUUUCGCCGGACCUCUUCUCCUUUCCCAGCUCUUCGGCCGGUUGGGCGGCAAACGCCAUGUUUGGAUCGCUCCAUGGGACGGGUGUCCUGAGUGCUAAUGAAAGGGCCUCCCCAGCCAGUCCAAUGGCGGACAUGUUGGACGCCAUUGGCAGGUCGAUACCGUCGCCAACCCUGGACUCGGACCGCCUGAUUGCCAGCCUUGUUGCUGGCAACACGGCUCCACCACCUCCGAAUCGCCGCUCGAGCCUCCUUGCCAGGACCGGGGUGACAGGGGCAAACGGAUCGGUCUCAUAUGACAACACUCCUCAAUCGACUUCACCGAUGUCCUCCCCGCUUAAGAAGGGAUCGGCCAGGGGUAGCAGAGCCCGAAGCAAUAGCAACGCUGACGCUCGACCACCUACGCGACAGCUGAAGGAAAUGGGCCUGGCACAGGAUCGAUCGAUGACGGUGCCACCUAAGCAGACACACUUCUCACCACCCCCAAACCACAACCAGGAGGCACAGUCACAGCCUCUCCCAAAGCAGCGGCAUUACCCACCAUCCAGCCAGACGUCCCGUCCCCGGUCUCGCGGGCUGAAUGGGCUGUUCCGCCGCUCGACGGGUUCCGCGGACAGCACUCAAGUCUUUCCACCACCCCUAAACUCUCCGCCGGCUACUGAAACCAACUCCAAGACGCCUUCGGCUGCUCCGCUUGUGGGCAUGCCUUCGUGGGUGCGCCGCAGCUCGCUUGUCCACGACGACGACCGUGCUAGCGUCACGCCGCCGCCCAUCCUCAGAAACAAGGCGACUGCAGCUUCCCAUACCAGUGCCCUCGGCAACAGGGCCGAGCACGACGAGGAUGGCGGAGUUCCUCUCGGAGGAGGAGGUGUGGAUUUCCCGGCGAGCGGUGGCGCUGCUACCUCGGUCGGGGGGAACAUUCCUAUUGGUGGUGGCGGUGCAUCUCUUGGUGGAAGUGCUGCCGGUGCUGGUGGUGGCGGAGGAGGAGGCAAGCUGAAGUGGCUUGGUCUUGGCCGAGUAGGCAGCUUGCAUGUGCGAAGGUAG